ACAGCAGGUCAACGUCGUAUCCGCACAAAGAGGAUUGCGGAAGAUACCUGUGUUUUAGUUUCCACAAUCUUGACGCCGCAAUCGUCUGAGUCUCCACGUCGGCGACUGCAACCUUCGUUCUCAGCGACAGCGAGUGGAUACUUGUCUUACUGUAAAGAGAAGCGAUCAUGCCUAAGCGGAAGAGGGUAGAGAAACAACCCCCAAACUUGACCAUUCACAUUCACAAUGAGCAAAAAUUUGAUCCUAAGAACCAACUAUUUCCUUCCCCUAUCGUCCAUUCUCCACGUACCGUGAUAUCUCCUGCAAUAUUCAUCCUUGACAAUGCUUCUCUCAAAAGGGGUCUCGUAAGGAAGAACUCAAAAAUUCUAAACUCAGACGAGGAUGCACACUUUCUGCUGAAGCAAAACAAGAAUCUAAAUGAUUAUCGGCCUGACAUAAUUCACGAGGCUCUCCGUUGCAUCCUGGAUAGCCCGCUUAAUAAAGCUGGCAUGGUGGGGGCAAUAUACGUUAAAAUCGAUCAAGGAGCAUUGUUUGAAGUCAAUCCUCAUGUUCGUAUACCACGAACGUGUAAACGAUUCUGUGGUGUCAUAAUGGAAUUACUUAAAAAAUCUUCAGUGCGGGCCAAAGAUUCAAAUGAAAUUCUUCUACGUGUUGUUGAGGAACCUAUUACCCGCCAUUUUCCUGUCAAUUCCCACGUAGUAGGUCUAUCUUAUACUUCAGAAAAGUUGGUUGACAUAGAGGAAUAUGUCUCAGUUUGGAACAAUGAUUUGAGUCCAGUUUUUGUGGUGGGCGCAAUGGUGAACGGGAAAGUAAAAGAGGACUAUUUGCAUGAUUAUAUUUCAGUUUCUGAAUAUCCACUUGCUGCUAAAUGCUGCCUGGGGCUCAUCUGUGAAGCUUUGGAGCAGAAAUGGAAGAUCUUUUAAAUUCUAUUUAUAUAUUCAAACGUAUAUGGAAAAGGAAAUUUGUUUUUUUCUAAGUGUACAGUUUUCAGCCAAAGAACAAACUUCUGUUUGGGGAAUGUCAGCUUUGUUUUAUGGAAUUUAUCUAGGGCUUGUAAAUAACUCCUUCCUUUCGAAUUGGUUACAAUGCCAGUAAAAGUGAUAUUUAAG